CUGCCCUCCCUCCUCCCCCGCCUCCCUUCCCCAUAUAUUAUUACUCUAUGCCACCAACGUUAAAACAGCCCCACCGCGCUCGCUGCCCGCGCCGCGGCCGGCCGGCCGCCUCUCCCUCGCCCCCAGCCGCCUGCAGCCGCCGGGCGGCUCCUCGGACCCGGCCCGGCGCGGCGCGGAGCUGUCUACCCCCGGCGGGUGCUGAACCGCCCGGCGCGGCAGCGGGGGCCGGAGCCCUCCCGGCCUCGCCCCGGCGUCCGGAGCCGAGGUAGGCGGCGAGGGGCGCUGCGGGGGAUGGGGGGAGCCGGCUGCGACCCCGCGCCGCCCGCCUGAGCCUGCCCGCGCCCCGCACACAAAGCCGCGGCGCGGCCAUGGAAGAGGAGCUGAAGUGCCCGGUGUGCGGCUCGCUCUUCCGGGAGCCCAUCAUCCUGCCCUGCUCGCACAAUGUCUGCUUGCCCUGCGCCCGCACCAUCGCCGUGCAGACCCCGGAGAGCGAGCAGCACCUGCCGGCCCUGCUCCACCCGCGGGGCCCCGCGCCGCCCGCCGCCGUCGCCGCGCCGGGCCCGGGAGCGGCCGCGGGCUCCGCCGCCUGCCUGGACUCGGAGUGCGCGGCGGGCGGCGGCGGCGGCGGGGACCACGCGGACAAGCUGAGCCUGCACAGCGAGACCGACAGCGGCUACGGCUCCUACACCCCCAGCCUGAAGUCCCCCAACGGCGUGCGGGUGCUGCCGCUGGUGCCGGCGCCCCCGGGAGCGGCGGCGGCUCCGCGGGGCGCGGGUCCCGCCAGCUCCUCCCUCACCUGCCCGCAGUGCCACCGGAGCGCCUCCCUGGACCAGCGCGGCCUCCGCGGCUUCCAGCGCAACCGGCUGCUGGAGGCCAUCGUGCAGCGCUACCAGCAGGGCCGCGCCGCCGCCGCCGCCAAGUGCCAGCUCUGCGACCGCAGCCCGCCCGAGCCGGCCGCGGUGCUGUGCGAGCAGUGCGAGGUGCUGUACUGCGCCGCCUGCCAGCUCCGCUGCCACCCGGCCCGCGGGCCCUUCGCCAAGCACCGCCUGGCGCCGCCGCCCGCACACCCGGGCGCCCCCGGCGGCGGCGGCAGCGGCGGCGGCGGCGGCGGCGGCGGCGACGGCGGGAAGGGGGCGGGCGGCGGCCGCAAGCUGCCGACGUGCGCCGAGCACGACCUGGAGAACUACAGCAUGUACUGCGUGAGCUGCCGCAGCCCCGUCUGCUACCAGUGCCUGGAAGAGGGCAGGCACGGCAAGCACGACGUGAAGGCCCUGGGCGCCAUGUGGAAGCAGCACAAGGCACAGCUGUCUCAGGCUUUAAACGGUGUUUCAGAUAAAGCAAAAGAAGCUAAAGAAUUUUUGGUUCAGCUGAAAAAUCUAUUGCAGCAGAUUCAGGAGAAUGGGUUGGAUUAUGAAGCUUGUCUUGUCGCUCAGUGUGAUGCCUUGGUUGAUGCGUUAACACGACAGAAGGCAAAACUGCUCACAAAGGUGACCAAAGAACGUGAGCACAAGCUGAAGGUUGUUUGGGACCAGAUAAAUCACUGUACACUGAAGCUACGUCAGUCAACAGGGCUUAUGGAGUACUGCCUAGAAGUUAUCAAAGAAAAUGAUCCUUCUGGGUUUUUACAGAUUUCGGAUGCUUUAAUCAAGCGUGUUCAGGUAUCUCAGGAACAGUGGGUCAAAGGAGCAUUGGAGCCAAAAGUGUCUGCUGAGUUUGACUUGACUCUGGAUAGCGAACCUUUACUGCAGUCCAUUCACCAGCUGGAUUUUAUUCAGAUGAAAUGUAGGGUGCCACCCGUCCCCUUACUGCAGCUGGAGAAGUGUUGCACCAGAAACAACAGCGUGACAUUGGCCUGGAGGAUGCCACCUUUGAGCCACAACCCGGUGGAAGGUUAUAUCUUGGAACUUGAUGAUGGAGAUGGUGGCCAAUUCCGAGAAGUGUAUGUUGGCAAGGAGACUCUCUGCACCAUUGAUGGUCUUCAUUUCAACAGUACCUAUAAUGCAAGAGUCAAAGCUUUCAACUCAUCAGGAGUUGGUCCUUACAGCAAGACAGUUAUUUUACAGACAUCAGAUGUGGCGUGGUUCACCUUCGACCCCUCCUCAGCUCACAGAGACAUAGUGCUGUCGAACGACAACCAGACUGCCACCUGCAACAGCUACGAUGACCGGGUUGUUCUUGGCACAGCAGCCUUCUCCAAGGGUGUGCAUUACUGGGAACUGCAUGUGGACCGGUAUGACAACCAUCCGGAUCCAGCCUUCGGUAUUGCCAGGAUUAAUGUUGUCAAGGACAUGAUGCUAGGCAAGGACGACAAGGCAUGGGCCAUGUACGUUGACAACAACCGCAGCUGGUUCAUGCAUUGCAAUUCUCACACCAAUCGGACUGAAGGAGGAGUUUCCAAAGGUGCCACUGUUGGUGUCCUGCUGGAUCUGAACAAGCACAACCUGACCUUUUACAUAAACGGGCAGCAACAAGGGCCUCCAGCAUUUGAAAACAUCGAGGGUGUCUUCAUGCCUGCACUGAGCCUCAAUCGAAAUGUCCAGGUGACCCUGCACACAGGACUGGAGGUGCCACAAUGUGUAAAACAGCCCAAGUUGCCCAACAACUAAAGAAGCCCCUGCCGGACCCUGCGCUGGAUUCUGUAAGCUCUCUCAGUGUGAUGUGGCACUUCUCAGUAAGUCAGUAAAAAAGCAUUCUCUUCCCGGACUUAACACAUUGUACAGCGUGUUGCUCACCGAAUAAUCCACUGGUUACAGCUAGCCCACUCCAUUUUUCAUUUAACAGCCAUAGCAAGCAUACCCACUGACCUGGCACCCAAUUGCAGAUGGGUACCUGGGCGUAUCUACACUGUAUUGCAUACGUAUGAACACACACACACACACACACACACACACACACGUACAUUUAUAAAGCAAAAGGUUAAAUGAGUGUAUUUGCUCUCUCAUGGCUGGUUUUCAGCUUGGAUAUUAGGUGUGCCGGAAAAAGUGGGUAAGAUUAAAGCUGAGGGACAAUGGCUGUUGGAGCAAUUUACCAGUGGGUGAACUGGAUUCUCUUUGCCACCUGAAGUCCUUAAAUCAACGAAGCAUAUGUUUUGACAGCUGAAGUGGAUGCUGUGUGCUCAAGAAUUCCUGGUUGUCCAUUACAUUCAGGGGCUCAAAUGACCAUUAAUUAUUCCUUCUGGCUCUAGACUGCAGUAAGCUAUGGGAUAACAUCCCUUUAGAAUUCCGUGGCAGAACUUAACGAGAAUAAGAUUGGUUUCCAAGCACUGCCAUGUAGUAGUUGUGCUCAUUUUAGCUAACACCAUGAUACAUGCAGAAUUCAGAUAUGAAAAGUAGAGAAAAAUAUCCUUGACACAUUUUAGUGUUUUUUAUUUAGGUGUGAUUGUGGAGACUAUCAGACACAGAAGAUCUGAUCAGCACAACUUGAGAAAAUGGUGCAGGGGA